AUGAUCAACACUGGGUAUUUGAUCUACGGUAUUUGCAAAUCCCAUCAACCUAGUUUCGUUGUUGAUGACGCCAUGAAGUUGAAAGGAAGUUCCUGGCCAAUAUCUCUAUGGGAGAGAUUUCCAAGAUAUGACACCGUGAGAAAGGUCGGCCUUAGCUUCGCGCCCGCCAAUGACAAAACAGGUGUCCGCGCAGAUCAAUUCGUAAAAGGCGCACUCGAUCGCACCGAUCUCGAUUCCAAUCCCCUAACUCAAUUUCAUUCCUGGUUCUCGCACGCUCAAACUAACGGCGUUUACCAUCCCGAAACUGUUUGCCUCUCAACCGCUAGUUUACCCUCCGGCCGUGUAUCUGCGCGCAUGGUAUAUUUGAAAGAAUUAGAUGCGAAAGGAGGUUUUGUCAUAUAUAGUAAUUGGGGAACGAGCAAAAAAGCAAAAGACAUUGCGGAAAACAAAUGGGCGAGUCUUACAUUUUGGUGGCAGGAAUUAGAGAGACAGGUUCGGGUCGAGGGGAAAGUCGAAAGGUUACCAGAUGAAGAAAGUCAGGUUUAUUAUGAUUUAAGGGCAAGAGGAAGUAGAAUUGGGGCUUGGGCUAGUCCGCAGAGUCAGGUACUGAAGAGUAGGGAAGAACUAGAUGAGAGAGUAAAAGAGGUUGAAAAGAGAUUCGAGGGACAAGAAAAUAUACCCGUGCCGGAGUUCUGGGGAGGUUUAAGGAUUAUACCAGAGAUGGUAGAGUUUUGGCAGGGGAGAGAUAGUAGGUUACAUGAUCGAUUUCAAUAUGAGAAGAAAGAGGACGGGGAAUGGGAUAUUCAGAGGUUAAGUUCGUGA